AUGUCGGGGUUUAAAACAACAGGAAGGGGAGACUGCCGGGGAGUCCCCUCCACCUGUGCCUGGGGUCCCCCGGCCGCCCCCCUGGGACGCAGCGGAGGGCCCUCCAUCCUCGGGCUACCUCCUGAGCCCCCACCCCCACGGAGACGCGGAGACAUCAGCCCAGGACCCGUGACCCUCCGACCUGGCUCCUGGCGCCACGGGGGACCACGGGCGAGAGGAGGAGCCGGCACCCAGGGAACCAGCGGCCCCACCGCCACCAACAGCAAGGCCACCCAGCCAGCCCGCGGGGCAGGCCCCGGCCAGCCGCGCCCCUCGGCGUCCCUGCCGCCACGUCCCAACGGGCCAGGAGCCGCCGGGCACUCCCCUCCCGACCCCACGCGGUCCUGGCAGGGAACCACAGGCUGCCCAGUGGAACUGCCCUGGCCGGAGCCGGCGGCCGGGCAGGAGACCACCAAGGAGCAGAACGAGGCGGCCUGUCCAUCAGAGAGCGAGGAAGCCUCCAGCUCCCCACCACGGCUCCCCGGGGCCCGGCCCCUCCAGUGGUCUCCUCGGCCAGCAGCCCUGGCCUCCACGUGGGAACACGGGAUGUCCCAGCCCCUCCCCUCGGCCAUGCCAGGCCCCACCCAGGACAGAGGCCGGGUUGUCCUGCCCCCCGCCCCCCCCGACUCAGCAGCCGGGGACCCAAAGGAGACACAGAAAACUGCCGUGGGGGCCUCCAGACCUCCUCCUCGAGGGAAUGCCAGUAGGGUGCCCACAGGCCCCCCAAUCGAGGGGAAAAGGCAAAUUCAGAGCGGAGAGGGGUGCCAGAAGGGUCUGGCCUGUUCCACUGUGGCUGGGUGGGGCCUCCAGGAGGGGCCGCAGAAGGAGCAGAGAGAAGGUCCGGCUGGGACCCCACCCCGGGUUCCCCGGUCAGCUGUGGCACCCAGAGUUCACGAGGGGCACGGCCAGCUCACGCUCUCGCCACAACGUCGAGCUGCCCCCUGGGGGCGGGUGCAAGGCCCCCCCACCCCAGACGCCCACACUCCUGGGACGGCCCGCGAGCCCCAGGGACACCAGCCGUCCACUCACGCCAGCACCCGCCCCACCCGGGACAGGAGCAGGCAUCGCCCCUGUGAACAGGCUGAGAGCAGACACGGCCGCCUGGCCUCAUGGACAGGCCAGAGCCCGACACCAACUCUCCCAGAGCCAGCUGGGGCGGGCGAGGAGGUGGUGCCCGACCCCAGCGUCCGUGCCCCGGGCCCGUCUGUUAGAAACGCCCGCUAG